AUGGCACGGCCCAACAGGGAGAUUCUUACCGGGGGCAAGAAAUAUGCUCAGAAGAGGAAGCAGGCCAACCGCGUGGAGGAGGUUGUGUUUGACAAAGACUCCAGGGUGCAGUAUUUGACCGGAUUUCACAAGAGAAAGCUUCAAAGGAAAAAGAAGGCCCAGGAAUACAAUCAAGAGCAGGAGCGUAAAGCACGGCUCGAGGAGCGACAACGAAUCCGUGAGGAGCGCAGACAACAAGUCCAGAAACGGCUGCAGGAGCUGAAUGAGGCGUUGAAGAUUCAGGGUUCUGACGACGAAGAGAGCGAGCAGAGCGAACAAGAGGGUAGUGAGGACAAGGAGGAACAAUGGACGGGGUUUGACUCACAGCGGUCAGCGUCUGACGAAGAGAGCAACACCGAGGCUGGCAAAAAGGGAAUAUUAAAGCAAAAGUACGAAGUCGACGACUUAGACGCGCCUGUUCCUGGCGUAUCUACCGUGGAGGUGGAAGCCAUUGAAAACCCUAAUCAGAUCGAUCUGAUGGAGCUGGCGCGAAAAAACCGCGUUGAUCUGCAAAAGGCCGAAGAAGUGCUGGAACAGUCGAUCGAGAGGGCCAAGAAGUACGCCCGUUUGGUGGGAGCCGACGAGAAGCCCAAAAAGAGAAAGAAGAAGUUCAGAUACCUGAGCAAGGUGGAGAGAAGGAUCCAAACCCUCAAGGAGCGCAGAAAGUAG